UUAAAAUUCGAAGGUUUCUUCUUUCGUACGAUAUUCCAUUAAUCAAAAUUCGAAACUUGUCCUUUAUAUAUUCCCUUUUCUUCGGAUUUCGAUUUUGUUCCAUUGAUUCCUUUCGCCGUGUAUUCCCUCUUCGAUAAACCCUCAUUUGAUUCAGAUUUUUCAACAUUUGGGACUUCUCUGAAGUUCUUAUUUGAUUCCUAAACACCCAAUUGAAAUUUUCAGAAAACCCAAAUUUCUUUUUUUUCUGAGUGGGUUUUUCGAUUGAUUCAGAUUUUCUCAAUUUGUGUCACUUCUCGGAAAUUCUCAUUUGAUUCUUCAAACACCCAAUUGAUAUUUCAGAAAACCCAAUUUUCGUUUUUUUUUUCUGAGUGGGUUUUUCGAUUGAUUCGAUUUUCCAGGUGAUUCUCCGAUGAAGAUUUAUGUGAUAUUCCUUGUGGUUUCCUUGUUUUCUUCGGCGUUUUCCGACGAGCCGUCGAUUCUCGAGUAUCCGUCGACCCGGCACAAGAAUCCCGAUGACGGCGGCGACGAGGUCGAUCUGCAUUGCACGAGCUGGAGAUUCGCGGCGGAGACGAACAACCUCGCGCCGUGGCAAACGAUUCCGGUGGAGUGCGCCGAUUACAUCAAGGACUACGUUUUGGGUAAAGGCUACGUCACCGAUCUUGAGAGAGUCUCUGAAGAAGCUUCGAACUUCGCGAGCUCCGUCGUCGAAUCCUCCGGCGACGGCAAAGAUAUUUGGAUUUUCGAUAUCGACGAGACUCUCUUGUCGAAUCUCCCUUAUUACAUUGACCAUGGCUUUGGGCUUGAGCUUUUUGAUCACUCGGAGUUUGAUAAGUGGGUAGAGAGAGGAGUAGCACCAGCCAUAGCACCAAGCUUGAAGCUUUACCAAAGAGUUUUAGAUUUGGGGUACAAAGUUUUUUUGCUUACAGGGAGGAAGGAGAGCCACAGGCUUGUCACUGUUGAAAACCUCAUCAGUGCCGGUUUCCAGAACUGGGACAAGCUUAUUCUCAGAUCUCCGGAUGAACAGCACAAAACGGCGACGUUAUACAAAUCUGAGAAGAGGGAUGAGAUGGUGAAAGAGGGAUAUAGGAUUAGAGGCAAUUCAGGUGAUCAGUGGAGUGAUUUGUUGGGUUCCUCCAUGUCUCAACGAUCUUUCAAACUUGCAAAUCCAAUGUAUUACAUUCCCUGAAGAGUGAAGACAAGGGAGCUUUAUUUGAAUAACUUGCCUUCAAACACAUUUUCUUAAAUCGUAUAUACUUUUACCAGAGAGUAAUCAAAACUGUUAUUAAAGGUCGAUUGCCUCCGCUUGUAAAUUGUAAGCAAUUUAAAUUUAUCAAUGAAUGAGAAUGCUUUGUUUUCA